AUCUGUCUCUAUCUAUUGACAUGGUUUGAUGAAACUCUUUCUCUUUUCUUCUUCACAAGGCACACACACCCAAAUAUUAUCUAUGUUAUGUCCUUCCCUCACCAUUCUCUUUAACCAACCCAACACAUCUUAAUGUUCUUUGCUUCUAUUUUCCACUAAACUUGUCUCUUUUCUUGCAUGCUUCAAACAUAUAUGUAAGUCUUGUGUUAUUUAUCAUUCUUCUAUUUGCUUUUAUUUUUCUGUUUCACCCUUUCAGCUCUUUCUUGUAGACUUUGUUUCCCCUUUCAUGGGUCCUGUGAGAGGAAUGAAGAAGAGAAGAAAGACAGAAAAUAAUAAUAACGUUUCUGCUUCUUCUCACUCAUCUGACAAAGACGGUAUUCUUGUAGAUUGGUGGAAUGAUUUGUCAAUCAAGAUGAACGGUCUUCAGAAGUCACCACCAAAGAUCUCCAGAAAGACAUUCGAGUACAUAUGUUCACUUGUCAAGGAUGAUAUAACGACAAAAUCUGCGCAUUUCACAUUUACGAACGGAAAGCCAAUGUCUUUGUUUGAUCAAGUGGCUGUGUCAUUAAGAAGAUUAGGAACUGGUGACUCCCUUGUCACAAUUGGCGAUUCAUUUGGGCUAAGCCACUCAACUGUUUCGCAAGUCACAUGGCGAUUUGUGGUUUCCAUGGAAGAAAGAGCACUUCAUCAUAUACAAUGGCCUUCAACACAAGAGGAAAUGAAUACAAUCAAGUCAAAAUUUGAGAAAAUACAAGGCUUCCCCAAUUGCUGCGGCGCCAUUGAUGUUACUCAUAUAACAUUGUGUUUACCUGCAUCCGAACACUCGAGUAACGCGUGGCUGGAUCAUAAGAAAAAUCACAGUAUGGUUUUGCAAGCAAUAGUUGAUCCUGACAUGAAAUUCUGCGACAUAGUCACCGGUUGGCCUGGUAAAAUGAAGGACUGGUCGAUAUUCGAGAGCUCAAAUUUCAACAAACUUUGCAAUAAAGGAGAAAGACUCAAUGGAAAGAAAUUAAAACUUUCUGAAGGAUCAGAAAUAAGGGAAUAUAUAAUUGGCGAUUCAGGUUAUCCUCUACUACCUUACCUUGUUGUUCCUUAUCAAGAAAAAGAACUCUUAGAAUCAGAACAGAAAGCAAAGUUUAAUAGGCUGCAUUUGGAAACAAGACUGGUAGCACAGAGAGCAUUGGCAAGGCUGAAGGAAAUGUGGAGAAUCAUUCAUGGAAAUAUGUGGCGGCCGGACAAGCAUCGGUUGCCGAGGAUUAUUCUGGUCUGUUGCUUACUUCACAACAUUGUUAUUGACAUGCAAGAUGAAGUGAAGGAUGAAUUGCUAUGUUUGUAUCAUCAUAAUCAUGACUCAGGGUACCAUCAACUUAUAUGUGAAGGUGUGGAAGAGAAGGGUGUGGCAAUGAGGGAAAGUUUGUCUCAUUACUUGAAUGGAACCUUGCAUCCAUGAUUUGUUUUUUUGUAUAUUGUUAUACUAAGCAUAGCACAUUACAUGAUUUAGUUGCUCCUCUUUGAUUUCUAGACUGUAAAUCAUUUGGAUGAUGCAUGUGUAUAUUUUUACCAAAUUACAGUUGUGAUUAAUUUUCAAUUCGUUCACUAUCA